AUGGCUUUGAAGGACACGGGCAGCGGCGGCGGCACCAUCCUGCCCAUCAGCGAGAUGGUCUCCUCGUCCAGCUCACCCGGCGCUUCGGCAGCCGCCGCCCCGGGGCCCUGCGUGCCCUCGCCCUUCCCCGAGGUGGUGGAGCUGAACGUAGGGGGCCAGGUCUAUGUGACCAAGCACUCGACGCUGCUCAGCGUCCCGGAUAGCACUCUGGCCAGUAUGUUCUCGCCUUCCAGCCCCCGGGGCGGCGCCCGACGCCGGGGCGAGCUGCCCAGAGACAGCCGGGCGCGCUUCUUCAUCGACCGGGACGGCUUCCUCUUCAGGUACGUGCUGGAUUAUCUGCGGGACAAGCAGCUCGCGCUGCCGGAGCACUUCCCCGAGAAGGAGCGGCUCCUACGGGAGGCCGAGUACUUCCAGCUCACCGACCUGGUCAAGCUGCUGUCGCCCAAGGUCACCAAGCAGAACUCGCUCAACGACGAGGGCUGCCAGAGCGAUCUGGAGGACAACGUCUCACAGGGCAGUAGCGACGCGCUGCUGCUGCGCGGGGCGGCGGCCGCCGCACCCUCGGGCCCGGGAGCGCACAGCGGCAGCAGCGCGCAGGACAAGCGCUCGGGCUUCCUCACACUCGGCUACCGCGGUUCCUACACCACCGUGCGAGACAACCAGGCGGACGCCAAGUUCCGGCGCGUGGCGCGCAUCAUGGUGUGCGGACGCAUCGCUCUGGCCAAGGAGGUGUUCGGUGACACGCUCAACGAGAGCCGCGACCCUGACCGGCCGCCUGAGAAGUACACGUCCCGCUUCUACCUCAAGUUCACCUACUUGGAGCAGGCAUUCGAUCGCCUAUCCGAGGCCGGCUUCCACAUGGUGGCGUGUAACUCCUCGGGCACCGCCGCCUUCGUCAACCAGUACCGCGACGACAAGAUCUGGAGCAGCUAUACCGAGUACAUCUUCUUCCGACCACCUCAGAAAAUAGUGUCACCUAAACAAGAACACGAAGAUAGGAAACAUGACAAAGUCACGGAUAAAGGAAGUGAGAGUGGGACUUCCUGUAAUGAGCUCUCCACUUCCAGUUGCGACAGCCACUCAGAGGCGAGCACUCCCCAGGACAACAACCCGCCCAGUGCCCAGCAGGCGACAGCUCACCAACCUAACACCUUAACUUUGGAUCGUCCUUCCAAAAAAGCACCUGUGCAAUGGAUGCCCCAACCAGACAAACGCAGAAACAGUGAACUCUUUCAGACGCUCAUCAGCAAGUCCCGGGAAACCAAUCUUUCCAAAAAGAAAGUCUGUGAGAAGCUAAGUGUGGAAGAAGAAAUGAAAAAGUGUAUUCAGGAUUUUAAAAAAAUCCACAUUCCAGAUUAUUUUCCAGAGCGCAAACGCCAGUGGCAAUCUGAACUGUUACAGAAGUACGGGUUAUAGUAACGGUCACAUCCCUGCAGUGUUUCAAUGACGUUCAGUGUUUACCGGUGUCACCACCUGACU